GCAGUGCAUCGCCUUGCAGUGCAUCGCCUUGCAGUGCAUCGCCUUGCACCGCUCUCUCGGGCUUGCACCGUCCCGUCCAGCGAAGAGGGGCAGCGUGUGCAAAGGGAGGCUGCUAGGAAGGGAGUCUCCUGCCCUCUCGCUCCGCACAAGUGAAGGGGUGAGCCCCGGGGGGCAUCAUGACGGCGUGGCUCGGCUUCCUCGCCCUGGCUCUCUGCAGCUGGAGCCUGCGGGACGCCGUGGUGGAGGCUUGCACUUGCGUCCCCAUCCACCCGCAGGACGCUUUCUGCAACUCCGACAUCGUGAUCCGAGCUAAAGUUGUGGGGAAGAAGCUCAUGAAAGACGGACCAUUUGGAACAAUGCGAUACACAGUCAAGCAGAUGAAGAUGUACAGGGGCUUCCAAAUAAUGCCUCAUGUUCAGUAUAUCUACACAGAAGCCUCUGAGAGUCUCUGUGGAGUGAAGCUGGAGGUCAACAAGUACCAGUAUCUGAUUACAGGCCGCGUGUACGAAGGGAAGGUUUACACUGGCCUGUGCAACUGGUAUGAGAAGUGGGACCGGCUGACUCUGUCCCAGCGUAAAGGACUCAAUCAUCGUUACCACCUGGGCUGUGGAUGCAAGAUCAGGCCCUGCUACUACUUGCCCUGCUUUGCCACCUCCAAGAAUGAGUGCAUUUGGACAGACAUGCUCUCCAACUUCGGCCACUCAGGAUAUCAAGCGAAGCACUAUGCCUGCAUCCAGAGGGUAGAAGGUUACUGCAGCUGGUAUAGAGGAUGGGCACCUCCAGAUAAAACGAUCAUCAAUGCCACAGAUCCCUGAGCACGCUAUCCCUUCCUUAUCUCCCCUCUCCCUUACUUGUGGCUGAUCUUCCUUUGGACACUAACUCUUACCAGAUCAUGAUGAUGACAAUGAAAUUAGUGCCUGUUUUCUUGCAAAUUUUAGCACUUCGAACACUUAAGGAAAAAAAAAAAAGAAAAAAAAAAGAAAAAAAAAAGAAAAAAAAAGGAAAGAAAAAAAGUCUGUGCUACCUUACUGAAUUUGUUGUAAUCACCUUUUCCAUUUUUGAUACCACUCAUUUUGAUCAGAUGACAUUUGGGAGCUUACUUUUGCACACCAGAGGGAAAAAUGGAAGAAAAAAAAAUGAUGGAGCUCUUGCUCUCUUACAUGUAUCAUUAGCUGUAGCAAUAUAAUCUCUAUUUUUUUAGGAAAACAAAAAUCUAAAAACUAUGCCAAUUAGGCACUGUAUUCUUCUAUGCGCUGGCUUCCCCCACCCCCUUCUCAUGCACCAAGUGCUGAAAAUAUGUAGACAAACCUAUUUGAAGGAAAACAGGUUUCAUUAAUCAGAUUGGCAAAUGAAACAAACAGAAAAGAAACCCAGCCUCAACCUUGGAAAAAAUAAUGUCCAAAAGAAAUCCUCCUCUGUGGGAGAGAUUGGCAAUGUGAUUGACUCCAGCAGUGGGAGAAUUCACCUGGUGUGUCUGACCACAUCAUCUGGUAAAAGCAUUGCUGACUGACUGUCCUAGCUAAUUCAGUCACAGUGUGAAUGGAACAGCACAUUUAAAGUUCUGGCUUUCCCCAGAACAAAGGAGAGAAUAUUUCAUCUUUUCAUUGUUUAAAAAACAAAAGCCACAUCCCCUACGUACAGGGAGGUAAAUCCAUCUGCAGGAGAGCAGAUGAAGUGCUGUGCCAUCCUGUUUUGAGCAGCAUUGGUCCCCGAGAUCUUUGCAGUUUUGCUUCAACAGGAAAAACAGCUUGUAAACACCUUAAACUAAACGGAUACGAAAAUACCAACUGUAAAUCAAUCACAUGAGAGAGGGAUAGGGGAGACUUGCUAGAGCUCUUACUAUAAA